AUGUUCGCUCCUGAGGCCCCCUUUUAUGUAAACUAUGCUUCAAUUGGUAUAGCUAUAGGCCAUGAAAUCACUCAUGGAUACGAUGAUCUUGGAGCCCAGUACGACGCGAAUGGCAGUCUCAGAGGAUGGUGGAACGAUGACACUUUGCAGACGUUCCAGCAAAGAAGACAAUGCUUCGUCAGUCAGUACGGUAGCCAGGCUUUCAAAAUGCGGAGUUCACGCGAAGAGGAUCUGAAACCGCUCCCUGGGCUGACAAACUUCACUGCAGAGCAGUUGUUCUUUCUUGCUUAUGCUAAUGUAUGGUGCGAAGUUGUGAAGACGUCAUCAGUCGAUUACAUCAUGGAAACUGACGCUCACCCUUUGGGAAUGUUCAGGGUGAAUGUGCCUCUUCAAAACUUUCCACCUUUUUCGGAAGCUUUCAACUGUCCUGUUGGAACUCCAAUGAAUCCGUUCGAAAAGUGCAGAGUAUGGUAG